CUUCAUCAUUCAAAACAUAACCAAAAACAACCAUGAUUCAACGAAUUCUCCUCCAACAAGUCAGGUCGACAGCAGUGCGGACGGCACCGAAGCCGUUUCUUGCAGGAUCCUUAAUUAGGUCCUCGCAGUAUGUUGCGCAAAGCCCACGGUUAGCACUAUCCGCGAGAUGCUACGCAACCAACGGAGAGGCCAGUAAGGCAGCUGAAGAGGGCGCUGCAGCACCAGAGGAUGCCGCCGCAAAAGAUCUUGAGGCCAAAAACAAGGAGAUUGUAGAGCUCAAGGAUAAAUACCUGAGAUCUGUCGCCGAUUACCGCAACCUCCAAGAGCGCACAAAGCGAGAGAUCCAGUCCGCAAAGGACUUCGCCAUCCAAAAGUUCGCCAAGGAUUUAGUCGAGAGUGUCGACAACCUGGACAGAGCUCUGACGAUGGUUCCAGAAGAGAAGCUAUCUCCGAUCGAAAAGAACGAGCACGUGAACGAUUUAAUCAGCCUUUACGAUGGCCUGAAGAUGACCGAGGGUAUUAUGAUGCAGACACUUCUUAAGCACGGACUUGAGCGCAUCAACCCGGCGGUGGAGGAGAAGUUCGACCCCAACUUCAUGGAGGCGAUGUUUAUGUCGCCAAUGGCUGGAAAGGAGGAUAACACCGUGUUGUUGACUCAACGUAAGGGAUGGAAGUUGAACGGCCGCACCAUGCGUGCCGCACAAGUCGGGGUCGUGAGAAACACCUGAGCGCGGAGCCCAGUAACCCAACAAACUCUUUAACGCCAUCUGGAGUGUACUUUUAUUGUAUAUCAGGCUUGGAAUGAUGGAUGGCGUUUUCUUAUGAAUGUAUAUAUAUCCCUCCCCUCUUAGCGGCAUCCAAGGAGUGCGUUGGACUCGGAUCAAUUGGUGGGACGGCAUGUUUUAUUAUUGUACAAUGAACCUAAAGGGGUAUGACAAGUUUGCGGAAUCCGCCCCGUCAUAAUAGAAGCAUAAAAUACUAGACGGUAUUGAGGCCCAAUGAGAACUUUGGUGACAACUUCCUUUUUUGCCCAAAAACGAAUAGCCGCUGCUGGUACCAAAUCCCAACGAUGUCCCACGAGGGCUAGUCAGUAUUCCAUAUCCAAAUAUUCCCUCUUGUGCCUCCUUCGUGUGUACCUGCUCUCGUCCAGAAUCUCAGCCAGAACAAGGACCAAAAUUUCAGACCACGGCCGAUCUUUCGUCGUUCUCCGAAUUCUGAUCGAGGUCUUGUAGUUCGCUAACGAGUUUAGCAUUGACAUCACGCAGUUCGUCGAGCUCAUCCCCCC